AUGGCAAAGCGUUGGAGGGUCACCUCUUUGGUGGCAUUAGCACUGCUAGGGUGCUUAGUGAGGCAAGAGGUAGAAGCUCAGGGCUCAAUGUGGUCUGCACCGUCGAUGACAAAGGGCGCGCCACAGGUCCAGCAACCACCAAAGACUCAAUAUCCGCAACCGCCGCAGGUCCAGCAACCGCCAAAGACUCAAUAUCCUCAACCCCCGCAGGUCCAGCAACCGCCAAAGACUCAAUAUCCUCAACCCCCGCAGGUCCAGCAACCGCCAAAGACUCAAUAUCCUCAACCGCCGCAAGUCCAGCAACCGCCAAAGACUCAAUAUCCUCAACCGCCGCAGGUCCAGCAACCACCAAAGACUCAAUAUCCUCAACCGCCGCAGGUCUUUCAACCACCAAAGACUCAAUAUCCUCAACCGCCGCAGGUCCAGCAACCACCAAAGACUCAAUAUCCUCAACCACCACAGGUCCAUCAACCAGGAGUCCAACCAGCUUCACCAAAGUAUCCUCGAUAUCGUCAAGUAUUCCAUGAUCAGGAGCAACAGGUGCCUCCACAACAGCACCAACAGGUCUCUACAGUGCCACAGAAAUCAUCAAGUGUUGGACAGCAGCCUACAGUCCAGAGUUGUGAUGUGGCAGGACCUGUAAGAAUACCAUGUGGUAGUCCUGAUAUCUCUGCUGCUGGAUGCGAAGCCAUAAACUGCUGCUUUGAUGGCCGACAGUGCUACUUUGGAAAGGCAGUGACCGUCCAGUGCACCAAGGAUGCCCAGUUCAUUGUCGUGGUGGCCAGAGACGCAACGCUGCCCAACAUUGACCUCGAGUCAAUCUCACUUUUGGGACAAGGUCAAGGCUGUACACAUGUUGACUCUAACUCAGAGUUUGCCAUCUACCAAUUUUCUGUUACUUCCUGUGACUCUGUUGUUAUGGAGGAGCCUGGUGUUAUAAUCUAUGAGAACAGGAUGUCUUCCUCAUAUGAAGUUGGAGUUGGGCCUCUUGGAGCCAUUACCCGGGACAGCCACUUUGAAGUGCUCUUCCAGUGUAGGUACAUCGGCACUUCUGUUGAAACUGUGGUUGUAGAAGUAUUGCCAUUGCAAAAUCCUCCUCUACCAGUUGCUGCGUAUGGACCGAUAAGUGUACACCUGAGGUUGGCUAAUGGACAAUGCAAUACAAAGGGUUGCAAUGAAGUGGAUGUGGCCUAUAACUCUUUCUACACGGAGGCAGACUAUCCUGUGACCAAAGUACUGAGGGACCCUGUGUACGUGGAGGUUCAACUCCUUGACAAGACAGAUCCCAACCUUGUCCUGACUCUUGGUCGCUGUUGGACCACCACAAGCCCCAACCCUCACAGUCUGCCACAGUGGGACAUUCUGACAGACGGGUGUCCAUACAGGGAUGAUCGUUACUUGUCCUCACUGGUUCCAGUUGGUUCCUCCUCUGGUCUGGACUUCCCUAGUCACUACAGGCGUUUCAUUUUCAAAAUGUUUACCUUUGUGGACCCCAAUUCAAUGGAACCAAUGAAGGAACAGGUGUACAUUCACUGCAGUACAGCUGUGUGCACUGCUGCAGCGGGCCACUCCUGUGAACCAUCAUGCUACAGAAAAAGUAAGAGAUGA